AUGGAUGUUGACGUGGAUAACAUUUUAACAACUUUGGGGCCAUGGAAGAGGUACCAAAUUCUCCAACUGUUUUAUGUUGGUUUUAUCCAUAUGUUUGGUGGAUCUUAUACAGUGCUUGUAUAUGUUUUCAUAGCAAACAAGAAAACAGACGAAGCGAUAAAGGUUGCAAAGAAAAUAGCAAGGAUUAAUAAGAUCAAUGUCAAUCAAGUCCUGUCCAUCAUCAGUUCCCAACAACCAAUGCGCGAGUUAGCACUACCUAGGUCAGAGCCCAUAGAUGAGUUCGACGACGUACCGGAAAAUGAACAGUCUGAAGAAAUAGAAAGCGCAGACCUAAUUGAAACUGCUGCUACUGAUUCCAUGCCAUCAGUUGUACAACAGUAUACUCUUCUGGAUAUUCUGAAAAGUAGCAUUUUACUUAGGAACUCCAUAAUUCUUUGGUUUGCGUGGUGUGUGAACAGUUUGACAUAUUAUGGACUCUUUUUGACGUCAUCUUCAAUGGCUGGCAGCCGUUAUCUGAACUAUUUCAUCAAUGCAACAGUGGAGUUACCUUCCAACAUUAUGUUUUGGUUAAUGGUAAACAGAACCUCUAGAAAAACACUGGUUGUUUUCUUUCAUGCAUUAGCUGGCGUUUCACUUAUUAUUUCUGUAGCACUUCUUACUAUAAAAGGCAAGGGUAGUCAAAUUAUGUUAGAACAGAACACCUUUGCAGGCAAUCGUAGUCAAAUUAUGUUAGAACAGAACACAUUUGCAGGCAAGGAUGAUGGUGGUAAAGGCGCUGUAGUAUCAACAGUGUUUGGCUUUUUAGGUAAACUUGCGAUAUCGUCUUCUUUCAACUCUGUUUGGCUGUACACUCCUGAACUGUAUCCUACCAAUUUAAGAUCGGCUGGCUUUGGGGUUUCGUCUACCAUGGCAAGAGUUGGUGCGAUGAUUGCGCCUUUCUCUUCUUUGUUGGUGAGCAAAAUAAAUUUAGAUCAUACAUUUUACAUUGCAUUUACGCAUGACAAAGCAUCAUAUUACUCAAUAGCUGCUAGAAUCAUCUGGGGUCCCGGAGUAGUUUUUGGAGUAUGCUGUUUUCUUGUUACCAUUCUCGUUACGGUACUUCCUGAGACAGGACAGCGAGAACUUCCUCAAACGCUAGAGGAAUUAGUUAACUGGAAUAAAGAGCAAUCUGGAUGGAAAUUUGGGAAACUAAGAAAAAGGAAAAAAUUUGAGACGGCAAAUACUUGAGAUUUUUUUAAUCUAUGUUUUGUGCCAGAAUACCAAAGACGCUUUCAAAGCAUGCGUCUU